AUGUAUCUUGACUACUUGAUUGUCGAGGAAAUGCACUUCAACAGCUAUGUCGAUCAUAGUCAGAUGCAGCCAUUUGACGAGAUAAUGUUAUACUCUAGAUGGUUGACCUGCAAAUUAUGUGUCACUGCUCCUCAUCUGCCUGAGUGCGUCAUGUGGCAGUUUGGCUACACUCAAACCAUUCCUAGACACCAUGUUAUCUUUGUUCCUCCUACUUUGACACGUAUACAGGUAGAUGACAUGUUUGAUGAUUAUGAGAGUCAUCUGGUGCCAGAGGAGGCACAUAGUAUCAUAGCUGUGAAUGACUGGAGCUACGUCGAAGGGUAUAUCAUAUGGUUUUUCAGGAUGUCACAUCCGUACAUGGUGUAUGCUGCUCCAGGAGUCCCAUCUAGGCCAGCUCAUUAG